AUGACCGGCAUCGCUCCAAAGGGACUGAAAGGCCAAGUCAUGUGUCGCACUUGGAGAGGAGGGUCAACUAGGACGAGGAAGCAGUUUUUCGACGAAGACUUGGACAAUUGGCUUUACAACCCGAGCUAUAACUGUAGAUGGACGUUGUACGUUAUUGAAGAUGGAGAGCAGAAUAAGGAGCAGUCUGCAGAAGCUGAAGCGCGGUUGAGCAAGCCACCUAAAUGCUCAGGUCCCAAUAAAUUGUGGACCCCUUCCUCCCUCCCUCACAACCUCCUCCCCUCCUCCCCUGGUUCCAUGUCCAGCGGCGUCCAAGCAAGCGGAAGCCAACGACGUCCCGGCAUCUGGUCUUAUUUUAGUUUCCCGGGUCCCCGCCGCCGCAUCUCUGUCACUCUCCCGCGCAACUUUGAUCCGAAACGCGACGAUCCGCACGAAAAGGCAGACAGACACUCUCGACGUCGAUUCGACCAUUCCAACGGCUUCAUGAACGACUACAAGGGAUCCUCGACAAUGAAUCAGGGGCAGCGGUUACGCUACCUCAAGACGGGCGGUCUGGUGGCCUUUGUGCUGCUGGUACUGUAUUUUGUUGUGCCUAGGGAUGGGCUGUCAAAGAGCGGCACAGUAUCGCAUCCAUCAGGAGGCAACACGGCGGCUGGCGGUGUCAAGGCUGAAUGUACAAAGUCAUACUCCAAGGACAAGCCGCUCAUCCAAUACGCCCUCAUGAUCGACGCAGGCAGCACCGGUUCGCGCAUCCACGUUUACAAAUUCAACAACUGCGGCCCCAGCCCAGAGCUCGAGAGCGAAGUGUUUGAGCAAACACCCAAGAAGGAGGGCGGUUCUGGUCUUUCGGCCUACGGCGACGAUGCAGAAGGCGCGGCAAAGUCGCUGGAUGUUCUCAUGGACGUGGCCGUCAAAAGCGUGCCCCCAGAGUACCAGUCAUGCUCCCCGAUUGCCGUCAAAGCUACCGCCGGUCUUCGCAAACUCGGCGAGGAAAAGUCAAACAACACGCUCGCGGCCGUCCGUCGCCGCCUCGAGACAGCAUACCCCUUUCCCCUUGUCUCCGAAGAGCGCAACGGGGUGGAAGUCAUGCCUGGCGAGAUGGAAGGGGUCUACGCCUGGAUCACAGUGAACUACCUCCUUGGCCACAUUGGUGGACCCGACAAGAACCCCACGGCCGCCGUCCUCGAUCUCGGCGGUGGCUCAACCCAAAUCAUCUUCGAGCCCACAUUUCCCGACACCCCACGCGGCGGUCUCCCUACCAAACUUGCAGACGGUGACCACAAAUACAGUCUCAACUUUGGCAACCGCAACUUUGACCUCUACCAGCACUCUUACCUGGGCUACGGCCUCAUGGAAGCCCGCAACAACCUCCACGCCGCCAUUGUCGACUCGCUCUACCAGGCCAACCCAAAGGAUACGGAAUUCCUCAAGAAGCCCAUUGUAAACCCCUGCAUCGCACCCGGCAUGUCGCGCGAAGUCCCCGUCGCCCUCCCCGCCAACCACCCCCUCGGCAAAACCGUGACGGUCAACAUGACGGGCCCCAAGACGGCCUCGCCAACCCAAUGCCGCGGCUGGGCCGAGAAGACGCUGCACAAGGACGACGAAUGCAAGCUCGCGCCCUGCGCCUUCCGCGGCGUCCACCAGCCCCCCUUUGAGCAAACGUUUGCCCGCGAGGCCGUCUACCUGCUCUCCUACUUUUACGACCGCACCCAGGACCUCGGCAUGCCCGAGACGUUUACCCUGCGCGAGCUCAUGCAGCUCGCGGACAAGGUCUGUGCCGGCUCCGAGGGCUGGGACUCCUUUGAGGCGGUUCCGGGUGCGAUGGAGGAGCUCAAGGAUCGUCCCGAGUGGUGUCUGGAUUUGAACUUCAUGUAUGAAUUGCUGCGCAGUGGCUAUGGGAUGCCGAUUGACCGCGAGGUGCGGAUUGCGAAGAAGAUCAAGGGGAAUGAAUUGGGAUGGUGUCUGGGCGCAAGUCUUCCCCUCCUCGAAGCCAAUUCCGGAUGGCAAUGCAAGAUCAAACAGGUCCAGUAG